ACCAGUAAACAGGAAAAAGAAGAAGAGUGUGUGUGAUCAAGAUGGCGGCGCUCGCAGCGUUGCGGGGUCUGGUGCGGUGUUCUCCGUUAUUUAGGGAUGCAUCUCUCUUCCCGCGAGCCGCACGGCAUGGUGCCGGUAGAGCCCUGUGUUCCGCCGUUCACGGCACCGAUGCUGUAUCCUUUUCAGAUCCUGAAGUCCAGGAGUUGCUUAAGAACAUGACGGGGUGUGAUGUGGAGAAAGUCUUCAGACCAGUCCAGCACCCAGCGCUGAAACCGCCCACAUACAAGCUACUCACAGAUCAGCAGCUACAGGAGGCGGUGCAGCAGGCGCGGCAGCAGGCUGAGGAGCUGCUCCAGAUGCCUCCUGAGCUGGAGGAACGAGCGCCCGUCUCCGACCUGCUGUCCCAUGAUGCCGUUCUGCAGGGGGCCGACUCCGCCAAACUCGUAUUCACCGACAUCACACUCAACGUCCCGCACAGGGAACGCUUCAUGGUGGUGCGGGAGCCGUCGGGCGCGCUGAGAAAGGCAUCAUGGGAGGAGCGGGACCGCAUCCUGCAGAUCUACUUCCCCAAAGACGGACGCAAGCUCACGCCACCAGCACUCUUCAACGAGGACAACCUCAAGAUGGCGCUGUCAGAGGACAGACAUGAGGAGGUGCUGCGCAGAAGCCUGGUGCAGUUUGAGCCCGACGCUGCACAGUACAAAAGAGUGCAGCGGCUGGUGUUUGAGGACGUGGAGCGCUCGGGGAAGUUCCAUCUGCUGCGCUCAACGCGCUUCUUUGGAGGACUAGCGUGGCACCUCACACACGCCAAGCGCAUCGACACACUCCUGCUGGACAUGCUGCACAGAGACCUGCUCCAGGAAGCUGUGUGUUUGGUGCGUCUCUUCCAUCUGAUUCACCCACAGUGUGAGUCCGCCAAGCAGGCCCAACACACACACGCCACGGGAAUACAGCUGCUGAAGCUCUAUGGGCAGCUGGAGUCCCAGAGGAAAGGAGUGAUCGAGCUGGCCCUUCAGACAUAUGAGCAAGCAGCUGCACUGACCACUGCUUAACACACACACACACACACACACACACACACACACACACACACACACACACACACUUUGUGUUUUGUGACAUUCAAUUGUGCUCUGUAAAUAAAAACUGCUUGUACAGAU